GGUCACUCAGCUUGAUAAAAAGGUGUUUAGUUCAUUUAUUUCCUCUCUGGCAGGGUGAGAUAAAGCAACAGAACUACUGGGGCAGGAGGAGAGGAGAGGGAGGCAACGCUGGGUUCAUAUUUCUGGAAGGAUGAUUGGCUAAGGGGUGAGGUCAGAGGUAGCGCUGAAACACUUCCUGUCUCUCAAGAGAGGAAAGCACCUCCUCUGUCCUCUCUCCUCUGUCCUCUGAGGAGAGAGCAAGAGAGGAGAGAGGACCCGAGGAGAGAGGACCCGAGGAGAGAGGACCUGAGGAGUAUGUAAUUGAGAUCUUGUUACAGGCUGAGAUCAUCCCAAAAAAAGUAAUCCUUUAUGAUGCAAAGCCAAGCUCGCGUCCUGGACGCCCCCCAAAGAGGGCUCAGAGUAUGACAUCAUCAGAGAACCAACACCUUCUGUCUCAUUCUGUCAGCGGGCUGAUGUCAGCUGGCAUCAUGCCCCCUACUGGUCUGACAGCAGCUGCUCUUGCUGAGGCCAUGAAGACCAAAAAGAUCAAGUUGGAGGUGAUGGGGGGUUACCAUAGUAACCACCACCAGCAUCAUCAUCACCACAGGACAGACGGAGAGAACGGAGGAGAUCACCACAACUCCUCCAGUCUGGGUCUGGAACACCUCCCAUUCAUGAUGAUGUCACACCCCCUGAUCCCUGUCAGUAUGGCCCCUGCCUCAGUCUCCAUGGCAAUGAGUCAGAUGAACCACCUCAACACGUUAGCUAGCAUGGCCUCUGCUGCCCAGGUCCACCACUCUACUCUCUCCUCCCGCGGCCGCAUGGUCACCUCCGUUAUAAAGGAGCGUGUUCAGGACAGUCCGUCUCCCUCUCUGGAGGACGGGAGGAGGUCUGGGAGUCACCUGUCCUCUCGUCACAGCAGCAGCAGCAUCUCCAGCUCCCCAGUACACACAGAACAUUCUGCAGACAGGACCCAUGGGCAGCAGAACGGCCUGUCCUCCAGCCAUGCUCUGUUGGGUCUAUCUCCCAGUGCUGUGCCCGGUCCUAAAGAAGGAGAUGUGGCCACCCUGGACUCUGGCCACGAAGCUAAGAGGAACCAUGUCGAGAGAGAUGACUGUGGUUCCCUGAGCACCCAGACAGUCAGAGAACCAGUCAGAGAACCAAUCAGAGAGCCAGUCAGAGAACCAAUCGGAGACGGCUAUGAGAGGCUGUCGUUAUCGGGGCGGAAGCUUCCUCCAGGGUUCCCCGGGCCCUUUAUCUUCCCUGAGGGGCUUUCGUCAAUAGAGACUCUGCUCACUAACAUCCAGCAGGGCUUGCUGAAGGUUGCCAUAGACAACACGCGCGCUCAGGACAAGCAGGUGCAGACGGAGAAGUCAGAGCUGAAGAUGGAACUGUUCAGAGAGAGGGAGCUCAGAGAGACACUGGAGAGACAGCUCACCAUGGAGCAGAAAAACAGAGUGCUGAUCCAGAAGCGUCUGAAGAAAGAGAAGAAGAGUAAGAGGAAACUUCAGGAGGCUCUGCAGUUUGAGUGUAAACUGAGAGACCAUGCUGAGCAGACUCUGCAGCAGACUGUAGCGUCAGACAGAGCCCUCUGUGACUCACUGACCCAGGAAGUAGACAACGGUAACCAAGGUAACGGCAGGACUGACGCAGAGGCAGCGAUACAAGAUGGAAGACUCUUCCUGAAAACCACAGUGAUGUAUUGAAGACAACAUGGAGAGAAGAGAAGAUCGAUUCGAGCACCAUUGAAGAGAUUCCAGGGACUUGCAGCAGCAACAUCAUGGACGUUUCACUGUCACAAAAGACUGCCAAUACACAACACAGAACAAAAUAAUCAAAGAAUUGUGAUAACAGUGUUACGUGCAAUACCAAUGUCUUUCACAGAAACACAAUCACAGCAAAGUGGAACUGAAGGAGAGAUAUUUCUACUUGAUUUAAACCAGCCUGAAUGCUCAGAGAAGGACAAAUCCACUUCCCAUGUUUGACUUGUAUUCCUGGCUCAAGUUUUACAAGAUUUCAAUCUUUUGAAGCAUAAUGUCACGAAGGUCGCUAAAUCUAGAGGUUAAUUUAUUACGUUAUUUCUGUACAUAAAUUGAUACAAUGUUUCAUUACAGUAUUUGUUUUUUCUGUUUAUUCUAGUGAUGAACAAUGACAGUUAGGCCUUUGGCCAUUGUUGUAGAUCAGAUGAAAGGGAAAGGACUCCUGACCCAUGGAAUGCCAUGUACAUAAAGUAAAGACAUUGUAUUGUGUAUUGUAAUGCAGUAGAUCAGAUAGAUGAAAAAAUAAUACAAACUAUUCUCA